AACGACGAAGUAUCCUGUGAAAUCUGUCUAAAGCACGUUUGUUAUUUCUCAAAUCAGUUAGAGAUUGAAGAAUAUGUCUUGCAGCUCCUCGCAUCGUGGGCUUGCCAACACUUCUUCUACGUAAUUGGCAGCGAACGUAUUCCUCCAGGUCCCUAUUUUCUCUCCAAUCGUGGAAUCUUCAGCCCUUGCCGCCGCUUCUCUGACAAUAGCGAAUCUUUUGUUUUGAGCACAACAUCAAGUCAAGAAGAUCCUCAAGCGUAUCAAACGUUGAACGCCGCUACAUUCGGGGCAUCAUCGUUCCGUCUUGCAAUUCCUUCGAGGAUCAAGUCUUCCAAAGCUGGACAUACACCGCUUGCUGGACUAAGAGUUGCAGUCAAAGACUUGUUUCACCUCAAAGGAGUUCAUACGGGAUGCAGAAACCGGGGUUACCGUAGGCUGCAUGGACCUGUAAAUGCCUCUUCCGAUGCCGUACAGCGUGUCAUAGACCUUGAAGGCGUUAUUGUUGGCAAGGCCAAGACUGUUGAGUUUGGAGGGAGCCAACAGGUUAUUAGCGACUGGUACGACUACUUUGAUCCCACGAACGUCCGUGGUGAUGGAUGUCUCGCUGGAAUUGGGAGCAGCAUAGGAUCAGCUUCAAGCCUAGCAGCAUGCCGGUGGCUUGAUAUCACUUUGGGUAUGGAUGGUAAGCUA